GAUAUUGAACAUUGUAUUUUGGAACAAUUCGAAAAGUCAACCUUAUGCGGUCUAAUGGACAAAUUCGAGAAACCACAAUCGUAUCUUAGUUGGACAACCGCUCAGGUCAUAUCUUGGCUUUCCGGGUUGGACGAUGCUGUCGAGCCGUAUCUGUCUGCAUUCAGUGCGAAAAAUAUAAGUGGAAAGUGGCUUAGCUCCCUGACUGCUGAUGUUUUGGACAAGUAUGGAGUUCACAAGAUUGGCCAUCAGAUGAUCAUAUUGGAGAAAGUGAAGCAACUACAAUACCAAUUUUCAUCUUUUGAUAACGAAACACUUCAGUCAGUUUUAUUGCGCGUAUCACGUUCGUGUACAUGCAUUGUUACUGCAAUAAAUUCUCUCAUGGCUAUAACUAAGAGACAAGAUGCUGAUAGUCCUUAUCCGGGGAUACUUUCAGAUAUUCAGGGAGCUGUUUCUUACAUUCUCAGUUGUAUACUGAACCUAAUGUCCUCGAUUGGUAAUGCUGCGUCCUGGCUAGAGCGGUUAGUAUGUAACACAGUAAAUAUUUUCAGCUAGACCCCCUUUUUCUCUUCUUCCCGAAAUGGUUGUAUUCCGACAAUUUCUUGUUGAGAAUGCUAUAAUUACCAAUAGGUUGUCUCAGCAGGCCAUAAGUACUCAAUGCAAUGAACAUUUUAAGGAGAUAAUCGAUUAUAUUGAACCAAUGAGAAUCCGUGUCGAAGAUGUUCUGCAAAACUGCAGUGAUUCCAUCUUACUAACUCCAUGUGGCAUCGAAAUGGUACAAAUAAGAAAACUUGACUCCGCUGAUUUUGGGUUUAAUUUUCGGUCCACGAUAAACAAUAUUCACGUAAUUGUUUCUGUUCAGGAUGAAUCCCCAGCAUUUAGUACCGGAAAAGUUACCAAAGGAGAUGAAGUAAUCGAAGUAAAUGAACAAAUAGUUAUUGGUUGGCUUCACUAUCGCGUCGCUGACUUAAUGCGACAUUCUUCACAGCACAUCAGUUUGCGAUUGCGAAAGCGACCCUCUCAUUCCAACGAUUUUAUUGGCUUUCCAGGAGCUGGGCGGCGUCAUCGCCUAAUAGUCAACCAGAUACCACCUGCUGGGAGCUUAUCCCAGACGCGAGGUGCGUAUAUAUUUACCAGAAAUCCAAAACGUCGUCUGCCUCUUACAGGCCCACUUUCUACAGAACCUUUGUCUGUUACUCAAGAAACCACCUCCGAUCAAACAUCUGUUUCCUCACCUACAUCAACAUCUCCACCUGAAUCUCAAUCCAUAGUUAGUGUGUCUGGGUUGCUUUCCUCUUCUCCGACGUCUUCUUUAUCUGUGCAUCAGGGUACAUCAAUAAAAAUAAAUGAUGAUCCUUGCAAUCUAGAAAAUCGUGCUCAUAUAUCUUUUAGACCGAAUUCCAGCAAUGAAUCCAUAAUUUACAAUAACUCGAGGCUUAUUGCUAGUACACCAAAUACUCCAUUAAUGACUUUACGAUCAAUGGACUCGGUGUGUUCUCAUUCUUCGCUAUCGUUUCCACCCCACCUUCCACCUGCACAUCCCGGUACUACAACGUUUGACAACGGAAUAAACGAUACUAGUGCGGUCUCAUCUGAUACAACAUACUCCAAAAAAUACAAGUCUGUCAAUACUUCUCAUCAUAUUCGCUCAACUUCUUGUUCUUCAAACAAAUCUGUUUUUCCUCGUUUUUCCCUAACACAUCGACGCACAGCUUCUGGUGACCCAAAACUGAUGAAUAGUAUAUCUAGUGGCGAUGGGGAAGAUACGUUAUUUCAGAAAAAACCGAGUCCUUCGUCGCUUCGUCACUGUAGUAGUUCAUCUCCUAAGAUUCAUGCUCUGGAUAAACGCUAUAGAAACCUUCAUCGUUCUAGUCUUGAUGAUUUCAUGCUUUUUUUAAAACAUGGAUUCGGAUCAAGAAAACCAACUCGUCGUAUAUCCUGCAAGGAUCUUGGACAGGGAGAUUGUCAAGGUUGGCUUUGGUUGAAGAAAACCAACCCACUUACCAGUAAAUAUGUGAAGCGAUGGUGUGUUUACAAAAACUCAACGUUCUAUUAUUACAGAAAUCCUGAAGAUGAUUCAGCUGAAGGUUUAAUUCUGUUGCAUGGUUUCACAAUCACUCCUGCAGUCUCAGCGAAAUCGGGAAAAUUUGCAUUCUCAAUUUUCAAUGAUUGGGUUCGCUUUGUGUUCGCUUCUGAUUCUGAAAUCGACCGAUCAAAAUGGAUGAAUAAGUUAGGCCUAGCUUCAAUCGGUUUGUCAUCUACCAUACCAAAUUCUCGUAUUGGAGGUUUCAAUCCUGGUUAUGUGGUUUUAUGUGACUCGAAGAAUAACGAAGUAAAGGCUGAAAUUCCGCAUCUACAUUCAUGCACCGUCUUAUCAGAUUCACCCACUAAAAAGUUCCAAGGCGACAACACAUCUGGACUUCGAUCUCAGACUUUAUCAACUUCCAAAACUACAGAUUUCGCAGAAAACUCCUUAACAGUGGUGACUUCCCAGGUCAGUCAUAUCCUGUUAACCACUCAGUUGUUUAUAAGUCCUAUGUCUGUUUCAGUGCCGAAAUUUAAUUCAUCCUGAACCAAUUGAUCUUUGGUUGUUUAGUGUCUAGUUUAGUAUCACGAUUUUCCCAUUUUUCAGCCUGUGUCAACCCCUCCAAGGCAUGCAGCACUACAUUCAGUUUCAUCACCAUCAUUUUCUACGUUUGAUUUGCGUUCGAAUUCUUUACCAUCUGAACCCCGUGCUGUCCGCUCUAUAAUUUUUCCUCGGAAUAGUGCUCUAUCACCCUCAGCUGGACAUUCAUCAUCUCCUGCUCACACUAGAAUUAGGCAUCGUCAACCACUUGAAAUCCCUUCAGUAGCAUUCAGAUGCUAUAGUGAGAGUGAAGAUGAAAUAGACGAGGAUGUUGAAGCCGAAUGUGAUGUGGAUGAAAACUGUAUCUCUGAGGGAGGCGCACAACUAAAUCUUCGAAACCGACCAGGAUCUGCAUCCCCAUCACAUGAACGAAGAUAUGUUAUUUUAAACAGUACAGAAGAAAAUGAAUGUUUACAAGAAUAUAAAAAGCUGAUUUCAUGUAAAAGUGAACUACAUGUGUCCGAUGUACAUGCUUCAAUGCCUUUAUCACGUCCAUUAAGAGCUGCGCAUAUCAUUACGAAAAAUCUCCAUUGUUCUGAUAAACUUUCAGGUGUCGAAAAGAUUGUUGGCGUAAGAAACAACGAAUCAGUCCCCGAAUGCAGCAGUAGGCGUUUUAAUAACUGACACUGAAAAGCUCAUUUUUAAGUUACCAUAAUCAUCUUUGACCAUUCGCUGUUGAAUUUAAUUAAUUUUGUCACUUAUUUUUUGAGAUUACUUGUAUUUCAUUCUGACUUUAUCUUUUGUG